UCUCUCCCUCUCCCUCUCUCUCUCUCUCUCUCUCUCUCUCUCUCUCUCUCUCUCUCUCUCUUCGACAUUCCUUCUUUAGGAACAUGUGCUUAAAUCGUGCAUGUGCUUAUAAAAUGUACUUUUUAUCAAAUCAUCAUCGUGUGUUCUCAUUUUAGAUGAUAUUUUAAGAAUUAUAAGUGUUAAUAUGUAUAUAUAUAUAUAUAUGUGUGUGUGUGUGUGUGUAAUAUAUACAUACAUAUGUAGACAGUAAAGCAAAGAUAAAGACGGACAGAGAGGGAAGGAAGAAAAGAGAAAGAGAGAGAGAGAGAGAAAGAGAGAGAGAGAGAGAGAGAGAGAGAGAGAGAGAGAGAGGGAAAUUGGGAGGGAGAAAAAAAGAAAGUGCUAGAAAAAAAUAUUUAUACAUUUGUAUGUAUAUAUAUAUAGACAAAAAAGCUCGUGUCUUUGCCACUCCAUUUUCUUCAAAACUUCCGGAUGUCAUCGUCUUUGUUCGAUUUACAUCAUCAUCGAUAACAAGACACGUGCCAGUGAUCGUCAGCAUGUCCGUACGGUUCCGGAUAUUUAAAACGUGCGAACAGCGAUCGCCUCUAUGAAAUCUUUAAUCAGUAUGCCACGCAGGAGAAGAAUGGCGAGAGGUUUAUGACCUCAUCCGAUUUUGUACGCAGUUAUCUUGGUCUAUACACGGAUGUUGACUACAAUCCUGAAUCCGUCAAUUUGCUCGCUGGAAUCGUCGAUACUAGCAAAGAUGGACUCAUAUCCUUCACCGAGUUUCAAGCAUUUGAAGGCCUACUUUGUGUCCCGGAUGCACUAUAUAAAACAGCAUUUCAAUUGUUUGAUACUAAUGGAAAUGGAAUGGUUGCAUUUGAUGAGUUCGCUGAGGUGAUGCGUAAAACAGUGUUACAUCAAAAGAUGCCAUUCAAUAUGGAUAGCAGUUUCAUUAAACUUUAUUUCGGAAAAGAUAAGAGCAGGCUAAUUAGUUAUGCAGAAUUCAGUCAAUUUCUACACGACUUUCACGAGGAAUAUGCCACGGAAGCAUUCAAAAAAUUCGAUAAAGAUGGCACGGGUUUUAUUACGGCAGUAGACUUUCAAGAUAUCAUGCUCAGUAUUAAAAGUCAUCUACUGACAAAAGACGUGAAGGAUAACUUGAUUGCCGCUAUCAGUACAGGACAAAGUGGACGAAAAGUAAGCUUCCCAUAUUUUAUGGCGUUCAAUUCGCUUCUCAAUAACAUGGAACUUAUAAAACGUAUUUACCUGAACGCGACCAAUGGCCAUAGAUAUCAGGAAGUUAGCAAAGAGGAAUUUCUUCAUUCUGCACAAAUGAUGUCACAAAUAACUCCACUCGAGGUGGACAUCCUUUUUCACCUAUGUCAUUUACUCCAUCAAACUGGAACUACGGAAGAUGACGAGGCAGAUUCGCGGUUUGGGAAAAUUGUAUACAAUGAUCUCGUGGCUAUUACCCCUGAGCAGUAUUUCAAGCAAAUAACAAAACGUCUCGCUGAGAUUAAGGCGGUGUCGAGCCCGGAGGAGCGUGGCGUUGUCGUUCAAAUUCUUGAGAGUGGAUACCGAUUUGUACUCGGAUCUAUCGGUGGAGCUGUUGGUGCUACCGUGGUGUAUCCUAUCGACCUAGUGAAAACACGAUUGCAGAAUCAAAGGACAGGAUCUUUCAUUGGGGAACUGAUGUACAGAAACAGCUUCGAUUGUUUGAGAAAGGUCAUGCGUCACGAAGGCUUUUUUGGCCUUUAUCGUGGCUUAUUGCCCCAAUUAAUGGGUGUAGCGCCGGAGAAAGCGAUCAAGCUUACGGUUAAUGAUUUUGUAAGAGAUAAGUUUAUGGACAAAAAUGGAUAUUUACCGCUUUAUGGUGAAGUUAUAUCCGGUGCCUGCGCUGGAGGAUCUCAGGUCAUUUUUACGAAUCCUUUGGAGAUCGUGAAAAUCAGAUUACAGGUUGCUGGAGAAAUUGCCGGAGGUACGAAAGUUCGAGCAUGGACUGUGGUUAAAGAAUUAGGUCUAUUUGGAUUAUAUAAAGGUGCUAAAGCAUGCUUUCUACGAGACGUACCGUUUAGCGCAAUUUACUUUCCUAUGUAUGCUCAUACAAAAGCUAAACUGGCCGAUGAAGGAGGAUACAAUACUCCUUUAUCUCUUCUAUUUUCUGGUGCAAUCGCUGGUGUACCUGCGGCAGCGCUGGUCACUCCUGCAGAUGUAAUAAAAACUAGAUUACAGGUCGUUGCUAGAGCAGGUCAAACGACGUACACCGGUUUACUCGAUUGUGCCAGAAAAGUUUAUAAAGAAGAAGGUGCCAGAGCAUUCUGGAAAGGAGCUUCAGCACGAGUAUUCAGAUCCUCUCCGCAAUUUGGUGUCACACUCUUCACGUACGAGUUGCUGCAAAGGUUGUUUGUAGUUGACUUUGGAGGAUCUCGACCAACAGGAUCAGAACAAAGGGUACCUGCUACAGGAUUGGUAGAUGAAAUACGAUCAACAAAUCCAGAUCACAUAGGUGGCUACCAAAUAGCUUUACCCAUCUUUACGGGUAUAGAAAGCAAGUUUGGUCUAUGUCUACCUAGGUUCCAAACAGUGACUGUUCAACCUAAUCGGCAAGCCAAAGGGCAGUAACACCAUUAGCUAGAAGAUAAGCUUAUAGGAAACCCUGCCAUAAUAGCAUACAAGUAUCAUUGGCUGAUUGCUCCAUCUAAUUCUAAGAUUGCGAGGGAAAAAAAAAAGAUAGAACAUUCAAUCAUAUAACUUACUUGUUCUUCUUUAUCAACAGUGAUUUUGACCAUUGCACGCUAACUAUAUUCUCUGGCUAUUUGAGGUCAAUAUAAAAUUGAACAUUAACUAGAUCGUCAAAUACACUGUAUAUAGGCUUAAAAUUAAUAAGUCUAAGAUAUAUGUAGGAUCCAUCGACUAAUUAUCCAAUAGCAUUAGCAUUACGUAGAAUAGCUAAAGCCUUUGCCAGGUAGCCACAUAUUGAGCUAUAUAUACGAUAAUGCUGAAAGUAUCGAUUUUUAUUUAUUUUAAUAAUUGCCUGUAUAUUUAUUAUAUAUUAUAUUGCGUUUAAACGCUAUCACUAGAUAUUAUAUACAAAUAUUUGAUCAACUUUUUAUUUUUCUCUUUUAUGAUACAAAUUUUUAUUCAACAAUUUUAUUUAAGAAAAUAUUUGGCACGUUAUUAAUAUUGUUCAGUAUUAUCGAACUAUCUUCAAAAACAAUUUAAAUAGGCAUUCAUUUCAAUGUUUUGCAGUUAAUCGAUUCUGAACAAACAAUAUAAAUGUAGUUUUUCGUUAUAUGAUAAAAUGGAUCAAUGGUAACGUAAUAAUCGUUUUCUCUACAUAUUAUUCAAUGUCAUUUUCAUGAAAUAACAUUCGUGAAUUCCAUUCAUAAAAUGUAGAUAUAUGUAGAAAAAAUGAACUCUCAUAUUUGUUCUAUAUUUCACUAUACUUACAUGCAUAAAUUGCAAAUACUUGACAAUUGGAAUGAUUAAAGAUCUAUAUAAUAAUUUAUAUCUAAUUGAUAGAUGAAUAUAAUUUUGUAUCGUAAUAUUAAGAAAUUUUGACCCUUUUUUUUUUUUUUUUUUUUCGUUUACGAUGGAUAUCCAAACUUCGUAUUUGAAUGUAGAUCACAUGAUAUUUUUAUGAAAAUAACAUUCUAGAUCUACCUGUAGCUCUUUUUCCCCCUUCUAGUCGUAACUGCCGUUUUAAACUUGACUUAUACAUGGAUAUAUACAUAUAUAUAUAUAUAUAUAUAUAUAUAUAUAUAUAUAUAUAUAUAUAUAUAUAUAUAUGUGUACUUUUUUUUUUAGUCAAUGGAUCCUAUAUCUGUGAUGAUUCUAUUCGUUCAAAGUAUUGAACAAAAAUAUAGAUACAGAGUUUCGGUCGGAAAAUACAAAAUAUAUAUAUAUAUCAAUAUAUAUAUAUAUAUAUAUAUUGAUGCACGAAAUUUCGAUCCUUCGUAUGAUUAAUUUGUAAGGAUAGUUUCUAUAAAAAGGCUUUACAAAACACAUUAAUGUCAGCGGUAUCGUUAUAUAUAUAUUGAACUCUUUUAAAUCAUAUUUCAAUUUUUCGCACGCUUUCGACUGAUUUUUUAUAAUAAGAUCGCAUCAUAAGAUGGAGCGAUAAAUAUUAUAACGAACAAUAUUGAUAAAUUAAUUGAAAAAAAAAAAAUGUCUGAUCCAUAAAACACGACAUCACAGCCAAUCUUCUUUGCAUUUCAUACGUAAAAAAAAAAAAACAUACGUUUAAUUAAUUAUGUUAUUAAAAAAAAAUAAAAAAAUAAAAAAAUAAAAAAAUAAAAAAAUAUGAAAAAAAAGAAACAAAAAAAAGAACAAAAAAAAGAACAAAAGGAAAAAAAAAGAGAAUUGUCUUUACACGUCAUAAGUUCCAUCGAAUUAAUCGAAAACUUGCAGGAUGUUAUCGAAGGAGCUGUGUUAAAAGGAAAAAUAAAAAGAAAGAGAGAGAGAGAGAGAGAGAGAGAGAGAGAGAGAGAGAGAGAGAAAGAAAAAAAAGAGGGCAAAAAGAAAGAAAAGAAAUAAACGAUUUUUUUUAUAUAUAAAUUGCGACUUUAAGUUGCACUCGAUGUAUUUUUCUUUCAACAUUUAUUCAACCGAUUUCGUUUAAUUAAUUAUCCGUUAAAUACAAUUAAUUAGAGAUAUAUUUCCUGCUGGCUAAUCGUCGAAUGGCCUGAAACAUAUUUCGAUGUUCCCUCCUGUAACCAGUUCGAUAUAUUUAUGGAUAAACUGAAAUAAUUGUAUAUCCAUACACCGAAAAGAAAUAAGAAAACUCGCAAUAUCGUAUUAUAGUUAUUUUGUAGGAUGUUAUUUUCUUACGGCUACUUUGUAUUAUACCUGCUUAGAAAUGCAGAAAGGAUACAAAGACAGCGUACGAAAUUGCAUUCUUUCCAAGAUUGUCCAAGACUUGUUGAAUGCUGCUGGGUCAGACUUAAACGCAACCGUUGUACUAUCGUCAUAUAAAUCGCAAUAGAAAAAGAAACAAAAAAAAAAAAAAAAAAAACAAAAAAAAAAGAAGAAAAAAAAGAAAAGAAAAAAAAAGUUAAAAAGCAUUCGUUUCUAUCGAACUAAUACGUUCUCAGUUAAUCUCGUAUUUUAUAGUAAAUAAAUGAAAGAAAAAAACAACAAAAAAAAAAAACAAAAACAAAAAAAAAUACAAGAAAAAAAACAAAAAAAAAAAAAGAAAGAAAGAUAAAGAAAAUAGGCACGCAAAUUAAUCGUAAGGAAAUAAUAUUAACUAGGUGAAUCCGUUCGAAUUAAAACAAACAAACAAACAAAUACAAAAAGAAGAAAAAUGGGGGAAAAAGGAAGAAAAAAAAAAAUCUCUUUCGUAGAUCUCAUUUACGAAUACGUUAAAUUAAGAAUAUAUGUAUAAGCAGACACACAGGAGAGAUAUUAUUUUCAAGAGUUCGACUCAUAAAAUGGGAAAGAUAGCGAAACAAAUUGAUAAAUACACUUUAUUAUUCGCAAUUGUAUACCGCUUUUUCGUGUAUCUCAGUAUACAAAAAAAAAAAAAAAAAAAAAAAAAAAGAAGAAAAAAAGGGAGUAGGUGGAAAGAAAAAAAAAAAAAAGAUAAAAAAAAGAAAAAAGAAGAAAUAAAUAAAAACAACAAAAACAAUCAUCUUUAUCGUUGAAUCAGUAGUAAUAUGGAAAGAAGAGAAAGCGGAAGGAUUCUAAAUAUCGAGAUGGAUAUCGAAGCAGAUGCGUUUGCGUUUUCGACGAUAUAUCGAAGUAAAAUAAGUCCAAAAUAAUAUUUUCCCUCCGUCUGUGCGUGAAUCUACAUAUUAUUAUUAUUAUUAAAACCGUCGGUGCGUUCUCUCGUUGACGCGAGAAUAUCCUCGAGUAAAUGUAAAUAGGAAAGUAACGUAAAGAGUAAUCGAGAGAGAUUAAAUAAAGAAAAUACAUGCGAAA